CGGCGGCGGCGGCCCUGAGGCGGCCCUGAGGCGACGGCCCUGAGGCGGCGCGGGGAUGAGGCUGGUGGGCCUGGCGGCCACGGCAGCAAGAGCAUCCCAACUGUGUAAUUCAUCAAGGAGAAUUAGCUCCAAUCAAGAAGGGAAGCCCGGACAUGCUAAACAAACACUUAAGAAGCCCAAGUUACCCCAAGGCCGGUUUGAUGUUCCGGAGGAUUCCAAUUUAGAACAAGAACCAUUAAAAAGAUUUCCAGGUGAUGUCAACCCCAUUACGAAGGAGAAGGGUGGACCUAAAGGCCCUGAACCUACUCGUUAUGGUGACUGGGAGAGAAAAGGACGUUGUGUGGAUUUUUAAUACAUGCGACCUUUAGCCUCCUACCAUUUACAGUUCAAAUAAAAAUAUUUAAUUGA